AUGUUCGCAGUCAAAGGCUGGGCCGUCAACUCGAGUACACUCAAACCGCAAACAGAACCCUUCAAAACCGGCCCACUCCCACAAAAACCACAAAAGAACCAGCCGACUUCCGCCGCUGCGAAUGGAGAGCAAAAGGCGAGCAAGAAGCGCAAACGCGGCGAUGCACCAGGACCGGCUGGAAGUGAAGCUGAUGUGGGAAAGUUGUGGGCGAAGCAUAUUGAGGGAGGCGCUCCGGAUCCGCCGAAGAAGGUGAAGAAGGCGAAGGUGGAGGGUGAGGAGAUCAAUCGACCGAAGACGAAGAAAGAGAAGAAGGCGGCGAAGGCGGCGAAGAAGGCGGCGAAGAAGCCGGUGAGUGCGAAUGAUACACCGCUGGGAGAGAGGAAGGAGAGGAAAGAGGAGGUGGAGGCGGAGGGAGGAGAGGUGAAGGAAGAUGUGUCGCAAGAGGAGGUGAAGAAGAUUGAGACUGGCACUGAGAGGCUGGAGAGGGACAGCAAGGUGCAAAAGACGGUAGCGGACACUUCAAACAAAAAGGACAACAAGCGGAGAAAGUCUGGCGAGAGCAGAGAUGGUGAAGGGCCACCCGCAGCUGCAAAAGCUACAACAACAGCAGCAGCAGCCAUACCUCCGCCUGCUCCAGCACCAGCGCCCGCAGCACCUACGCUCACGCCCAUGCAAGCCGCCAUGCGACAAAAGCUGAUCUCCGCCCGUUUUCGCCAUCUCAAUCAAACACUCUACACCGAACCCUCCCUCAAAGCUCUGCAGCUCUUCAGCCGCGAUCCACAAAUGUUCGAGGACUAUCACUCUGGUUUCCGCCAACAAGUUGCUGUCUGGCCAUCAAAUCCAGUGGAUACCUUCAUCGAGACGAUACGCUCCCGUGGAGCCAUUCGACUGCCACAUCAAAAGAAGCCGUUCAAGGGCAAAUUCGCCAAGGGCAAGAAACCUGCUCCUGAAGCAGAGGACUCGAACGAUCUCAAAGCUCUUGCAUUACCUCGCACGCAGGGUGUGGCCAUCAUCGCGGAUUUGGGCUGUGGCGACGCAAGACUGGCGCAGACAUUCCGCGACUCGGGCGAAGGACAUUCAUUGAACCUCAAGGUUCUGUCGUACGAUCUACAUUCUCCAUCACCACUCGUCACGAAAGCGGAUAUCUCCAAGAUCCCAACCGAAGAUGGUUCCGUGGACGUUGCUAUCUUCUGUCUUGCACUCAUGGGCACGAAUUGGAUCUCCUUCAUCGAAGAAGCCUACCGCAUCCUCCACUGGAAAGGCGAGCUCUGGAUAGCCGAGAUCAAGUCCCGUUUCGGCCGUGUCGGCGGAGGUAAGGGCAAAGUUGUCGAGCACAGCGUCGGCGGGAAGAGGAAACUCGCGGCGCUGAAAAAAGCCGAAGCGGCGAAACAACGCGAGGGCGAGGAAGUCAACGAACAAGACGCUCUGGCUGUGGAAGUCGAUGGCGUGGAGGGAGCGAAGACAGAGGAGACGGACGUUUCGGCUUUUGUUGACGUUCUCCGACGGAGAGGUUUCUUGCUGAAAAACGAGGCGAUCGUCAAGAAUGGUGAGAGCAGUGUUGAUUUGAGUAAUAAGAUGUUUGUGAAGAUGGAGUUUGUCAAGGCUGCCACGCCGACGAAGGGGAAGGGUGUGCCGGAUGAGGAGGAGAGGGCGGAGGGGAAGGAGAGGUUUAAGAAGGGGAAGAAGUUCUUGGAUGUAGAGGUCGUGGAGGUGGCUACGGAUGAUGAGGCGAAGGUUUUGAAGCCUUGUUUGUAUAAGAUUCGUUGA